AUUCUGUGAUUCUUAAAGCGUCCUAGCAGAACCACCGUUCGCUUUGCAGAUUAUCAUCAAAACUGAGAAGAUGGGAACAUAUUUGAUUUUGGUGGUUCUGCUCUCUAUCUACAGCAGCUCCUUUAGUGAAGGAUGUAAUCGAGAGCUUCUGGUAAAUGUGGAUUUUCCAGGAACAGACAUAACAUCGCUCUAUUCUCCUGAUGCUGACCACUGUCAGCAGCUUUGUACCGACCACCCCUCCUGCCUCUUCUUUACUUUUAUUCGGGCUGACUGGACUAGAGAUAAUAGGCACUUCUACUGCUACCUGAAGAACACUGCCUCUGGACAACCCAAUGUUCGGACUCAACUUCUUGGUGUUACCUCUGGCUUUUCUCUCAAACCCUGCAGCCCACAACCACAGCGUUGCCUGUCUCAGGUGUACCAGAAAUUGGACUUCUUUGGGCAAGACUACAGAACCUUGUUUACAGCAGACUAUGAGGAGUGUCAAAGAGCUUGCACACAGGACCCUGCCUGUCGGUUCUUUACUUUUGUUAAUGAGAACUAUACACUAGAAAAAAUCAGGUACAAGUGCCACCUUAAAUUCAGCUGGACGGUACCAAGGACUAGGGUCGUAGCCACAGCUGGUUUAGUGUCUGGAUUCGCCCACAAAACACUAGUAACUCAACACUUUAACACAGCAUGUGAGGGCAAGCUGUUUCCAGACACUGACAUCCAGGGAAGCAGCUAUGAGACACUGACAGCUGCCUCUCCUGGACACUGUCAGACAUUGUGCUCUGAUCAUCCACUCUGCACCUACUUCACUUAUGUCAGUAAUGACUUCACUUGUUACCUGAAGAAGAAUCCAGAUGAAAUUGUAACCAAACCUAAACAAGGAUAUACAUCUGGGUUACCUGCACGGUUCUGUCAGUUGGAUAAUGAAUGGCUUAAGGAGGCUCAUGAAGGGAUAGAUUUCCCAGGUUCUGACAUUCGCUAUGAGCUGAUGGAUGAUGCAGAGACAUGUCAGACGACCUGUACUCAGGAUGCUAACUGCCAGUUCUACACCUAUGUCACGAAAAACUUCCAUAGCUCUGUUCACUGGCGUCGCUGCUACCUCAAGCGUGCCAUCACCAUACCUGCUCCUUCUAAAGUUACCAAACUGGCCAAUGCUGUGUCUGGAUUCUCCCUCAAAAAUGUACAGAGUGCUUUACCCAGCACCAGUCAUAUUGUCUAAUCCAGUAAAUGAUUUAGCAGUGUGGAGUUUGUUAAUAUGAGAGAUGUCAUUCUGGCCUCUCCACCCUUCAAUUUUCUCUUUCAGCUUGUUGCACCACAUCUAACUUUUAUUUUGUUGAGUGUCUGAGAUUGUAUGUCAAGCAACAGCUUUACAUGCGCUCUCAGACACUCACAAUUCCCUCCUCUUCCUCGCUUUAAUACUUUAACAUAAGUGCUUGAUUCUCUUACUGUUUACAAAAACAAUAAAAAAGCUUUCAACCUGUUUUAUUAA